AGGUAUCGUAACCCAUGAUCAGUAGAUGCCCGAUCGCGGUGUUCCUCCGAGCCCUCCGACGUGGUUCGAGAUCCUCAUUCGUGCAAGUGAGCAUCUGAUCGGUUUCCCAUGGAAUGCGCGCUGGAGAACUCCGUGGAGCCCGGCGGCAGCCAUCCGCAGUCAUCAUCAUCAUCAACAAGAAGUGGAUAGAUUCGGUGGGAAUUCUCAAUAUGGCGACCCUCGUAUAACAGCUGACAGCCGGACUGACACAAGGACCGAAGUACUUACCACCUCUGAUGGUGGAGAAGGAGGCGACAAGUUUCUCCACGACAUGCCCCACCGGAGUCAUGUCACUCUACAAAAUUUCUUCGUCUUCAAUCCCACACUGGGCCGGGGAGAAGACGAGGAAGACAAGAAGCUGUUGUUUUACUAUCCCCCAGAAACAGACUCAGAUGAUCAACUGAGAGACAUUGGGAUCGCUCAGGGUCUCGUCAGUUUCACCAAAGUCUUCAGUCCGCAUAAACCCUGUGAAGUGCUGCAUACACAAAAAACUCGUCAGCUCUUCCUGGAAGCUGAACCGGAUUACUGGAUAGUACUCACGUUGAAUCUGCCCUCUCAACAACGGACCAGAGACUCUCAAACGGUCGUUGAGUAUUUGGCGGAGGAUGUGCAAGACCCUGUGUACCAAGCGGUCCUACACAAACUCUACAUUCUGUUCCGAACGUUUAAUGCGAAACUCGCCGACGUGAUGUCAUCGCACGGAGUUGAUGGGCUUCGAAAGACGUUGGGAGAGCACUUCAUGACGGUCCUGCCUCAGUUGAAACUUCAGCACUGCGAUAUUCUGGACAUAUUCCUGGGAGUUCAUUUCCUGCCGUUGGAUAAAUCCGCCUUCCUGCAAGUUCAUAGUUUUGUGGGAUCCCUAGAGAAAACUUUUCCCGAAGUUAAAUACACAGCGUUCCUGUGCAACGAUCAAUUGGUAUGGAGUGGUCUCGCUCAAAGAGAUAUGCAGCUUCUGUACCAUUAUCUUCUGAGCAACAUCCUGCAGGGAGUUUUCGAAGCGGAACUCUUGGCUCCGACGUUGUCGCCCUUCAAAGGUCCUCCCGGUGCAUUCCCGCAGGCUCGAUUUCUGCACGGGAAAACCGAGGACCCUGAUUUCAUCGAACAAGUACCGCACAUGUUUAUGGGAGAUGAACGAUAUAAGUUGCUAAUAUACAGAGCGCUGAGUGCCACGGUCUGUCUGCUGAUCGAGCCAAAUGACCUGACGACAAGCCUCGCGAGAGGUCUCGAGGAAUUCCUGGCGCCGGAACUCACGUCGUUGGCCAACGACAUCUCCAAACAAUAUACAAAGCUGACGGCAACAGUCAAUAAGGGUUCGCAGGACAUCGUGUGCAAGUAUAUAUACUUCAAUCGGAUGAACAUCGCUCAGAAGUCGUCGAUCCACGCCGAGAGGAAGCUCGGAUUCAACGUUCCGUCGUCACUGCUCCGACUCAUAAUGGAUCUCCAUUCAGAUCUCAACCUGAUGACGAUCGAGGGCGAUGGACCCAAUGACGGGGAAAUGGUAGCAAAAACCUCUGAGGAUUGGUGGCUUGUGGCGAAGAGCUGGGAUUCUCGUGAAUUCUACGUGGUGCUGAAUCACAAGAACGCAAAUCUGAUCCAGAUCAGCGAGGAAGUCAAACGAUUGUGUAAUUCUCAGCUGCAGAAUAUAUUCUUCGUCGACUGACUGUGAUGUUAAAUGAUUAUGUAAUCGAAAUGUGAAUUUUAUCAAGUUUCAAAAUGACGAGCGAGAGAUGCGCGCGGACGAAUGCAAGGUGGCGAGCCCAUCCGAACGAAAGAAAUCAGAACACAGUGUAUUCUUUUUGAUAAAACUUGUUGACCCGAAGUCGCCAGCGAACACUGCGACCACUUUCUCGUUGUAGCUCCAGUCAUUUAUUUGCUGAACUUCUCUCCGUUUGCUCUCAAUCGAUAUUCAAAAUCUAGACCCCGGUUUUGUACAACGACCUCGUCCGGCGGUGUUUUUCGCAGAAGACUGACCGCCUGGGACUAGGUCAUCAGAGAAAUAGAAGAAUCAAGGAAA